AAUGAAUUUUCCACUGAACACAAAAGUUCAAAAGUCGAACCAACGAUAUUUGUAUCCAACCAACAUAAUAGUCCAAAAGCAACCACCACCAUGGCAAGAAAGAAGCAGAAAGGUUCCUCCUCCUCAUCAUCAGCCUCUUCAAACAGCUCGCCGUAUGCAGUGGCUGCAAAUCUUCUGACCCAGGUACUAGAGGAGCGGAAGAGUUUCAAGAAAUUGGUAUAUGCUGCCGAUGGAAGCUUGAAGGUCUCCAAAGUCGCGUACGCACAAGUGUGUCAAGUGCUCUCCUAUAAGUCGAUUCUGGAUCAAGUCUUGGAUCAAGUGCCAAAACUAAAGAAGGAUGUACACAAUACGGGACUUUUGUACGUCCUGACUUACGAAUUGCUUUGGGGUCCCAACAAAUCCAUCAAGGGUGGAGGUGUCGUCAAACGAAAAAUUAUGCAACACGAACAACAUCUCCUCAAAGCCAUUGAUUCCAGCACCCAAAUAGCCCAACAGUUGAAAGAGCUACAGACCAAGAAGCAACAACAAGCGUUUCCACGAUAUGCUCGUGUCAACACACUAUUGACAAGUACAAAGGAAGUCUGUAAUGUUCUCUGCAAGAUCAGCAAGGAAAGUAAAAAUGACAAAGCAACCAUGGAGUUCUAUGUGGAUGCUCAUGUUCCAGAUCUAUUGGUAUUUCCACCUUCACUCGUCACAGAUGUCAUGAGCAAGCAGGGUGAAAAGGAAGACAAAGACAGCAACGCUGCCCUCACUAGACAACAAGAAGCCAUCCGAGAUAUGAUUCAGUCAGGGAAACUCAUUCUACAAGACAAAAGUUCUUGCUUUCCUGCUUUUUGCCUCGUACAUGGGUUUCAAAGUAGUAACAAGCACAAACAACAAGUGAACCAGCUCAAUUAUCUGGAUGCAUGUGCCGCUCCCGGAAAUAAAACGCAGCACCUGGCAUCUCUUGUUGGCUCCCUCGUCAACAGCAACAAGACGGUCGGCAAGAGGAGGAAACACCCAACAACAACAAUCACGGCACUCGAUAGGGACUCCACCAGACUGGCGGCUUUAUCCAAACGAAUGCAACAAUUGGCACCCGACAACAAUGGUCAGCAUGUUCAAGUCGUCACGAGGGAAGCAGACUUUCUAGAAGCCAAACAAGACGACUUUGCGGCACCUUUGGGAUCCAUUCUAUUGGACCCCAGUUGUUCGGGAAGUGGGAUUUACACAGCGCCGGAUCGUUGGACCGAAAAAACAUCAUCGUCAGAGUCGAUGGAGGAAGAAGAAACUAAAAGAAUUGCAUCAUUGGCCGGCUUUCAGGAAAAAGCGCUUCGGCAUGCCAUGUCCUUCGAAUCUGUGUCGAAGAUUGUCUACUCUACGUGCUCGCUUCAUGACCGAGAAAACGAAAUGGUAGUACAAAAGGCGCUGGAUGCUGUCAACAACACGGAAGACGGAGAGAGCAAAUCGGAACAGUGGCGUGUCGUGGCUCCCAAAAACCUGCAGAAUUGGAACAGACGAGGGCACCGAGUGGACGGAAUGAGUGAUCGCGACGCCGCUUGUAUGAUUCGAGCUAGCGCAGAAGACGAAACCAAUGGAUUCUUUGUGUGUUGCUUGGAAAAAAUAUCGGGGGAGAACAAUGCUGAUGAUAAAGACGACAACGAAUCAACAGAGAGCUUGGUUGUAGUUCCUGAAGGGAUGGCUGUGUACAAUGGUCAAUUCUCAUCAACGAAUCAAGGUACCGUGCAAUCUCGGGCGAAGCAAGAUGUUGCACCAGCGCGGGGUAAUAAGAACCCAAUGAAAGAUUCUGAACGCUCAACAUCAAAGAAGGGCCCGACAGGGAAUGUUCACUCUGCUCCAGAGAGAAAGCACGAACAAAGCAAUGCCAACGACAAAGCUGCAUCAAAGAAGAAGGCCAAAAAACUUGCUUGGAAAAAGCGGCAAAUGGAACAAAAGCAGGAGAGGCUCGAGCAAAAGAAGCAAAAGGUAUCCAGCUAGGUAAGACGGAUUGGGUGGCCUUGAGGUUUGCUGGUCUUCCCUGUGGGACACCAAUCCCGACCCGUUUUUCCCGCAACAGCAAUUGGCGCUGAGAACCACGCGGGAUGAGAGGGCCGUAUUGGUGAAUGCCCAGCUCCAUGCCAGUAACUAACUGCAAUGUCUCUUUAGAUAGAGCGAUGAAAAGGUGGAGAAAAAGUAGCCUACAAGUUGAUCAACCACAUAACUGCCAUACCAAAUGGGACCUACCGGAAUGGCUUCGCAAAAUGAUCGGCAAGAGCAUGCGUUACUGCCUUUCUCUGGGUGGAUCAUAGA